UGCGACAGCUACCAUUUUGCAAAAGAUUUUGCUCAACACGUGUUCGCCUCUAGUUUUGUGUGGAAUUAAUAUUAAAUAUUACCUACAAUGGCUGAGGAAUCAUUCUACGGAGUCACUUUGACCGCCGAGAGCGACAGCGUCACGUGGGAUGUGGACGAGGACUACGCACGCGGCCAGAAGCUGGUCAUCAAACAGAUCCUCCUGGGCGCCGAGGCCAAGGAGAACGAGUUCAACGUGGUCGAGGUGAACACACCCAAGGACUCCGUGCAAAUUCCCAUCGCCGUCUUGAAGGCCGGAGAGACCCGCGCCGUCAAUCCCGACGUGGAGUUCUACGAGUCGAAGGUGACGUUCAAGCUGAUCAAGGGCAGCGGACCCGUCUACAUCCACGGACACAACAUCAAGGACGAUGUGGAGGUGGUCGACAUGGAGGAGGAUGACGAGGAGGACGAUGUGGCCGAGGACGAGGAGGACGAGCACCCAAAGAAGCGCGCCAAGAUCGAGAACGCCGCCGAUGGUAAAAAUGCCAAGAACAACAAGAAGAAGUAAACUGCUGACCGCCAAUCAUUCAUCGAGGUUUAAGCUAUAAAAGUGUAGAUUUUAAAGCAAAAACAGUUUUAGGCCCUAUAAUACAAUACGAUGCAUACUGAGAAUACAAUCUAGUUCCUUUUGAACAGCUCCUUUUACAUUCAAUUCAAAGACAACGUUGUGUGCUCGGUCGUGUUUCCCCAGCGAAUGAUCUGUCACUCAGCCAGGAGUUCCGCUCCCGGAAGCGGGAGCGGAUCGGACCGUGACCGAUCGGACACUAAUCGAACACACAGAUUUGUAUAUAUAUUAAAGUAUAACUAAAGCUAAGCCGGACUUCCUAUACGCGCCCCCUUCAUAUUUGCAGUAUGAAAAUAAACUCGUCGGAAUACAAACAAUA